CUGUUCCCUGUUGGCAUUCCUACAGCUAGGCAUCUGGCUUGGGGGUGGUGGGUUGGGCGGGAGUGCUCUUGUUAAAGCCGCACUCUUUGAAGUUGCCUUGCUCAGACUCGACACUUGUUUCCACUGGAAGGACCCUCCCCUGUUCUCUGGACAAGAGGUAACUGAAAAUGUCAGACACCGAGGAAAUCAUUGAGGAAUAUGAAGAGGAGCAGGAAGAGGAAUGUGUGGAAGAAGACCAAGAAGAACCAGCUGAAGACACCAAGGAAGGUGAAAGAGAAACCAUAGCAGAAGAACAUGAGGAGCAUUCUAAAGAACCAGAAGAAGGAGAAUCAAAACCCAGGCCCAAGCAUUUUAUGCCAAACUUGGUGCCUCCUAAAAUCCCUGAUGGCGAGAGAGUGGACUUUGAUGACAUUCACCGCAAGCGAAUGGAGAAGGAUCUGAACGAGCUGCAAGCCCUUAUUGAGGCUCAUUUUGAGAACAGGAAGAAGGAAGAGGAAGAACUGAUAUUCCUGAAGGACAGAAUUGAACAGCGGCGAGCAGAACGAGCUGAGCAGCAACGGAUCCGUAGCGAGAAAGAAAAGGAACGACAGGCCCGUUUGGCUGAAGAGAGAGCCCGGAAAGAAGAAGAGGAGGCUCGAAGGAGAGCUGAAGAGGAUGCCAGGAAGAAAAAGGCUUUCUCUAACAUGCUCCAUUUUGGAGGAUACCUGCUGAAGACAGAGAAGAAAAGUGGGAAAAAACAAACGGAGCGGGAAAAGAAGAAAAAGAUCCUCAGUGAGCGGCGGAAACCUCUGAACAUCGAUCACUUGAAUGAAGAUAAAUUGAGGGAUAAAGCUAAGGAACUGUGGCAGAGCAUUCAUGAUCUUGAAGCUGAGAAAUUUGACUUGCAAGAAAAAUUCAAGCGGCAGAAAUAUGAGAUUAAUGUUCUUCGCAACCGUAUUAGUGACCAUCAGAAGGUGAAAGGUUCAAAGGCUGCCCGUGGAAAGCCGGUGGUUGGUGGCCGAUGGAAGUGAGAUGUGGUCCACACCCAGCCUGGAUAGAAGACAGAAUGGAAGUUUUCUGUUUUGGCCAGAUCUUCACUGAUCCCCCUAACCGGUGUGGCCCAAAGGAAUGCACCAACUCUUCUAGUUUAUUCAGAGCAAGCCACCUUUCCAAGGCCUCACUCUGUAGAAUGUCUGUAGCUGUGUGUGCAGCACUGUCACCGCAUGGAACACACUGCUGUGUGGAGACGACUGUGUCACCAAUCUUAAGAAUAUUGUUGUGUCUGUAAAUAAAGGCCAGUCCUGCAA